AUGCCUCGUCAGCAACAGGAGGAAGAAGACAGUGAAGCGGAGGAGGCGGAGGAGGCGGAGGGGGAGGAGGACGCAGAAGCGGACGGCGAGCGGGAUGGGAGCCGAGAGGGCUCCCGGGCCCGACUGCAGCGCUACCUGGCCGGCAAGAGGCCGCCCAACGGGGACGCCUGCGGCGGAGGGAGGAUGACCAACGGAGACGCCGGCUUCCUGCUCCUCUCGCCGCCGUCGCCCCGCGAGGGCCCGCCGGGCUCCGAGGCGCCCGUGGCUCCGCAGCGCGGCGAGGAGAAGCUGCACAACGGCGGCUGCGCCCUACGAGACAGCUUUUUAUUUCAUUCUGCUAAUGUGGUGAAAACAUCUACAUUUAGAUUUUUUUUUUACAGGAACUUCUUUACCAAAAGAACAAAGGAACUCAAGUCUGGUAUCCAUAGUGCUCCUGGCUGGAAGUUGUUUGGGAAAGUUCCACCAAAAGAGAACCUGCAGAAAGACUCCAAAAUAAUUCAACAGGAAGAAAGUUCUGGCACUGUUGCAUCAGUAUCUACACUCAGUCUAUUAAACACUGGGGAAUAUGAAGCACGGAUAGGAAAAUUGUGUAAACCUGCACCCCAAGCAACAAGGCGUAGACAUUUUGAAUUUGAGCCACUUUCAACCACUGCUCUUAUUCUGGAGGAUCGACCAUCGAAUCUUCCUGCAAAAUCUAUGGAGGAGGCUUUACGUCACAGACAAGAAUAUGAUGAAAUGGUGGCAGAAGCAAAAAAGAGAGAAAUUAAAGAAGCUCAUCGAAGGAAGAAAAUAAUGAAAGAACGCUUCAAACAAGAGGAGAAUAUUGCUAGUGCUAUGGUGAUUUGGGUCAAUGAAAUUCUGCCUAAUUGGGAGAGCAUGCGUUCUACAAGGCGAGUGCGAGAAUUGUGGUGGCAAGGAUUACCUCCAAGCGUUCGUGGGAGGGUUUGGAGUCUUGCUGUAGGAAAUGAAUUGAAUAUCACUCCUGAACUCUAUGAAAUCUUCUUAUCUAGAGCCAAGGAACGAUGGAAGAUUUUUGGAGAGACAGGCACUGAAAAUGAUACAGAAGAUGCUGGAGCAUCACUUGCUGACCGAGAAGCUAGCUUGGAGUUAAUAAAAUUGGAUAUAUCCCGCACGUUUCCAUCCCUCUAUAUUUUUCAGAAGGGUGGCCCUUACCACGAUCUUUUGCACAGUGUCCUGGGAGCAUAUACAUGUUACAGACCUGAUGUAGGAUAUGUCCAGGGAAUGUCUUUCAUUGCUGCAGUUCUCAUACUUAAUCUGGAGGAGGCAGAUGCUUUUAUUGCCUUUGCAAACCUUCUGAACAAGCCAUGCCAGCUAGCCUUUUUUCGUGUGGAUCAUAGCAUGAUGCUGAAGUACUUUGCAGCAUUUGAAGUAUUUUUUGAGGAAAACCUCCCUAAACUGUUUCAUCAUUUUAAAUCCUAUAAUCUUACCCCUGACAUAUACUUGAUAGAUUGGAUCUUCACCCUGUACAGCAAGUCACUACCCCUUGAUUUGGCCUGUCGAGUUUGGGAUGUCUUUUGUAGAGAUGGAGAAGAAUUUUUGUUCAGAACUGGGCUAGGAAUUCUUAGGUUAUAUGAAGAUAUUCUCCUGCAGAUGGACUUUAUUCAUAUAGCACAGUUUCUAACAAAGUUACCCGAAGACAUCACGUCAGAGAAGCUUUUCACGUGCAUUACAUCUAUUCAGAUGCAGAAUAGUAACAAAAAAUGGGCUCAGGUGUUUGCCUCAUUAAUGAAGGAUAGCAAAGAAGGAGACAGGAACCAUAGUCCAGCACUAAAAAGUUAACUUCCAAGUUCAAUUGGAAAAACCACUUGGUUGUGAAAGAAUUCUUCUAAACAUCUUCUCAGUGAAAACCACUAAAAAACGGCUUCAGAGACUGAAGAAGAAACAGUAUUGACUGAACGCAGUGAUGGAAUUUGAUGGUCCUUAUCCUGCUGCCAGUAUUAAAGACCUCUUUUGUGGGAAGAUUCCUUUUCGCAGGAAGCAGAACAAUAAAGUAUGAAACUGAGAAAGUGGCUAUCGCAUAUUUAAUAUUUAAAGUUGAACGCAAUAACAUUUGUAAUAACUUUUGUUGGUACUUAAAAUUUUGAGGGAUACCUUUUUUAUGAUUACCACAAAGGCACUUUUGGGAGCAGGGCUGGUGUUUAAAGUAAGACCCCAGAAACUGCUACCUGAACCAAACAUUUUGGUACAAAUACCUCCAAAAUUAUAGAUGAAAUCCUUAGGACCAAAUCAGGUUUUGUUUUGGUAUACAUGCUUGCCCAAUAAUAGGAGGCUUUUACGUAUGUCUUACGAAACUCCUUUUAAAUUGCAGUUUCACUUUCCAACUAACUGAAUGUAUGUAAGCGAAAAAAGAGGAAACUGCAUGCAAUUUUGCUACGGAGCCAUUGGCAAAUAAGUCUUGGCAAAUAAGUCUUUUGGCUGAAAGGUGGCAGUGACUGUGGGCUUAGGUUAGCAACCAAGGGGGUUUUCAACAUUUUACUUUUUGAAGUACUUUGCUUACAGGAAAAUUGGUUUCUAAUCCAUAAAAAUCAUAUGAAUUUUUUUUAAUCAAAGUGACUUAUACUUGAUAAACACUAGUAUAAUUAAUAAGCUAGUGAUAACCCUUUUGCACAUUUUACGCAAUGUUAAUGUUGAAAGUUUUGAGUCCCUGUAUAUUAAAAUGUUUUCUCAUUUAAAUUUAAAGUUGAUUACUGCAGUGUGUACAAUAAUGAGUACCCAAAAUGCAUCUUGUUAGUCCAUCUCUUUUAAUGUCAGCACCAUACUGUAAAGACAGCAGAACGGAAGGUCGAAAUUCCUUCACACUCCAAAACGUUUUAAAAUGGCUUUUGAACUGGAGGGGGAUGGAAAGGAUACCUCUUAAUCUCUCUGAGCAGCUAAUGCUUGUUCUUUCUAAGUCCGUUUUGAUAGUAUUAAUGUAAAUAAAAUUGCCUUUUUUUUCCCUUUGUACCUGGUCCCUGUAUGUGCAAAUGAAGUCAAAUUUAUCAUUGCAUUAAAAAAUAAGUGAGACUGCUUCAGUUGUCAAGUGUUAAAAAAAAGUUGCAGAGCCUAUUUUAAAGAUUUGGUUACAGUACAUUGUAAUAUUUAUGUUGCUAUCAGAUGUAAACCACAAUUCAAUAUUACCUAUUACAACAUUCAAUUUGAAGUUCAAAUGUCUGCUUUUUUUCUUAUGUAUUUACUUGCUUCUGGUGUAUGUCCUUUACUUGGGUUCUCUUGUACAGUUUUCUUACUUUUCAAGUACAGUAUACACAUGUAUAUAAAUUGUAAAUAGAAGGAAUUUAGCCUUCAUCCAAAACUACUAGUAAUAAUUCCUAUGUAAAUAAACUUGUAAGCAGAAUGAA